GUCUCUCUACACUUGUUAGCUUCAUACUAUCAUCCUUCAAGUACAUCGAAGAUUGAAGGAAACACAGUAACUGCACACUACAUCGUCAAUCAUGGAGGCUUUCAAGACCCACGGAGGCGUUAGCCCCAUUCCUACUGUUAUUCCCGAGCCAACUCACUACCAAACAAUUGGCCACAAUGGCGUCCGCGCUCUAUGGGUUCUCUUCGUCGCCAUGACCGUCGUCUCCGCCAUCUUUGCGAUCCUGUCAUGGAACGUUGCCGUCCAGCGCCGCGUCUUCUACUUCCUGUCCACCUUGACCACCAUCAUCUCAGCCCUGGCCUACUUCGCCAUGGCUUCCGGCCAGACCUCGCACUUCAACUGCGCCAGCGUGCGAGACCACCACAAGCACGUCCCCGACACCCACCACGAUGUCUGUCGCCAGGUCUUCUGGGCGCGCUACGUCGACUGGGCCAUUUCUACACCUAUUCUGGUUGUCGAGCUUUGCUUGCUGGCUGGUGUUGACGGUGCUCACACCAUCAUGGCCGUCAUCGCCAAUGUCAUCUUUGUCCUUGCCGGUGCUUUCUCUGCUGUCGGACAUGCCAACACUGCUCAGAAGUGGGGAUGGUACGCUAUUAGCAUCGUCGGCUUCGUCUUUACCAUCUGGCACGUCGCUGUCCCCGGCUCACGAACUUCUCGAGCUCGCGGUACCAAGAUUGCCCGACUCUUUGGCUCCGUCUCUGUCGCUUCUCUGAUCCUUUGGAUCGUCUACAUUGUUGUCUGGGGUGCUGCUGGUGGCGCUUGGCAGGUUAAGGUCGGCACCGAGGUCGUCAUCUACGCUGUUCUUGAUGUUCUCACCAAGGCUGUUAUCGGUUUCUGGAUCAUCACCGCUACUCGCCAAAACCGCGACACCACCCCCGAGAUUGGUGGCUACUGGGCCAACGGUGCUGGCGCUGAGGGUACCAUUCGCGUCGGCGACGAUGACGAGGGUGCUUAAACGAGCCUCCUAAAAUUUCGACCGCGAUCGUGGAGCUUGCCCGCAUUCGUCACGACAUCCCAAUAUCUUCAGCUUCGCCUUGACGGUAGUUGCUAUACGAAACGAACCAGCCGGUAUGGAAUAAAUGAUUGAACAAGAUUGCAUGCUUUAGAGGGAGGAUGUUUAGUCUUCACGACCAUUCUUGCUUCCCGAGGAGGGCAAAAAGUCACGAGUUUGAGGAUUAUGACGGAGCAACAGGACUUUGAAUGGAGUUACGAGAUAAGAAUUGUAGUGAAUUCUAGUAAUGUAAGCCAUCUGAUUACACAA